GUAGAAGAACAAUCUUAGUUUCUUCCAAAUGAAGCAGUUAACAUUGUCAUUCCGGAGAAGCUUUUGCAGAUUGUAACUGGCAGACCAAGAGAAAACCACAAUCUUGGAUGCCCUAUGCAAAAAGUCCCACCACUUCUACGACUGGACAAGAACAACCAGCAAGACUAUGAUCCCUUGGUGGUUUCUUUGGGGCCUUAUCACCAUGGCAAAGAGGAGCUUCAAUCAGCUGAGGACUUCAAACUCAUAGCCUUGGAGAUGUUCGUUGCUGAUAGCGGCCAUGAUGUACUAUUUUUCUAUUUCAAGGUACUUCAACUUGUGAAUGAUGCUAGAAAUUGUUAUUUUGAAGAUUCUACUAAAAAGUACGAUGAUGAAACUUUUGCACAAAUGAUGCUUCUUGAUGCCUGUUUCAUUAUCAACGACAUAAUUUCUAGAUGCAAAAGUGGCGCAAACUUUUACAUCACACGCUAUUGUCUUGGCGACUUGGCAUCGGAAAUUGUACUUCGUGACAUGUUUUUACUUGAAAAUCAAAUUCCCUUCUGGCUUCUUAAGUUUCUGAUGUGUUUGAGAUGUGGUAAACAAGAAGGUGAAGAGAUGCUCAACGAGUUCUUGAAUGGGACUAUGUUCGGGAAUUAUAAGGGGAGUGGAAUAGCUAGCAGAGAUAAGGACCUACCCCAUCAUCUUCUGGACGCUUUCUGGCUAGUUCUUGUCUCUGAAUCCUGUAAAGACAAACCAACCUCUCCAAAAUCUAGGGCCAGCAAUGACUCUGUCUGUCUCAAUCACUUCAAAAAUUUUGGCAGAUGCAGCAAUCUUCACGAGUAUAUUUGCAAUUUGCCAUGUUUUCUGUGGUGGAGAAGAUCAAAUAUUGACAAUGAUUCUAACACAAAAAAAUACGUUCAUUGCUUUCGUUCAGCCACGGAGUUGAAGGCCAAGGGAAUUCACUUUAGGCGCAGCAGUGCUGACUCUUUGAAGGGCAUCAAGUUCAAAUCAGGUUAUUUCUAUGCAACACUUGAAGUUCCAAUUUGGUUUGUUUCGAUUUACACCAAAGUUUUCUUUUUAAAUAUGAUUGCCUAUGAAAUGUGCCCAAGUACCAGCACUGACCGAGCAGUGACAGCAUAUAUUGAGUUCAUGAAAUCGCUGAUCGACAGCCCCAAGGACGUGAAAGAACUAAGAGAAAAAAGGAUUUUGCUCACAACUUUGGGCAGUGAUGAAGAAGUGUUGAAGGUUUAUAAAGACAUAAACACUUACGGGGUGCGGAAUGUCACCAUUUUUCAUGGUGUGAAGGAGAAAAUUCAGGCACACUAUAACAACAAGGCAAAGACGUGGCUGGCUGAACUUUUCUACACUUAUUUUAACAGUCCCUGGACUGCGAUUGCUUUAUUUGCUGCUGCUUUCCUUCUUGUCUUAACUUUUCUUCAGACCUAUUAUACAGUAAGGCCUUCUUAAUUCCCUAAAGAUAAUUAGAAGUUGAAA